GUGCAGUGGCAUGAUCUCAGCUCACUGCAACCUCUGCCUCCCGAGUUCAAGCAAUUUUCAGUAGAGACGGGGUUUCACCAUGUUGGUCAGACUGAUCUCGAACUCCUGACCUCAGGUGAUCCACCCACCUCAGCCUCCCAAAGUGCCAAGGUGGCUCACCCACAAUGA